UGACGAUGAAUCCAAGUAGUAAUAAGAUGUUUAGGUUUUUUAAAAUCAUGUUUAUUACUCCGCGAUGCAUCUCGUAAUACCGCGCGCGAGAUGUCGCAUCAGUUUUCCGGCGUUCGUUGGCGGAAGUGAUGGCGUUACUGUGACCAAGUUCUUUUCUAGGUUGUGUUUCUGACUGCGCGUUGACGAGGUGGCAAACCGUCAUGCAGAUUUUCGUGAAAACCCUCACGGGUAAGACAAUUACCCUCGAGGUAGAAGCAUCCGAUACCAUCGAAAAUGUGAAAGCUAAGAUUCAAGACAAAGAGGGGAUUCCACCAGAUCAACAGCGACUGAUCUUCGCCGGCAAACAGUUAGAGGAUGGGCGUACUUUAUCUGAUUAUAACAUUCAAAAAGAAUCUACUCUUCACCUCGUACUUCGUCUCCGAGGAGGUGUAAUCGAGCCGACUUUGCGUAUACUCGCGCAAAAGUACAAUUGCGACAAAAUGAUCUGUCGCAAAUGCUAUGCUCGUCUUCACCCGCGUGCAACAAAUUGUCGUAAGAAGAAAUGUGGCCACACAAACAACAUCCGCCCGAAGAAGAAGCUGAAGUAGAUUAUUGCUGCGAAA